GCUUUUAUUAUUAUCAUUGCAUAAUUACUAGUUGGUAUAUUUUGAUUCAUCGUAAUUACUGCCUUAUUAUCUCGUUGCAUGUACAUUUCGCAUGCUGUCCGAAUAAUUAGCAAAUCUGCCCAGUUGAAAUGUACACUAAUUAAUUGAAAAUUUAGUAUUAAUCCGUUGUUUGAAUCCUAAAGUUUUCAAAGCGUGAUUAAAAUUGAAGCCAAUUGCACACAAUUUACUCAGUUCUUCAUCGAAUGAUGUUAAAUUCAUUAAAUCUUCAAAAAAUCGCUGAAUGGGAAUGACGUUGUCUCUCACAAGCAUAUUCGGAAAACCAGCACCUUACGUAAUAGAAUUAUAUAUAAAAACAAUUAUAUUUCCAUUUCACUUGCCUUCUACCGCAUCUUUGACCCUAGGAGGAACUACCCAAAAAUUACCACUCACGGAUAGUUUCGACUCUGCAAUAUACAGAUUUGUUAUUAGUUCUAACUCUCUUGACCCCCCGUUUAUUCACCCAUUGAAGUAAGGAAACAUUUAAGCUGAGACAUGUUCAGCUUCCUAAAACAAUGCGAUGUUUUGCUAAAUUAACAUCAACAAUAAAAUGUUGCUGUUUGAGCGAACUAGGAGUAUCCUUAGUGUGGUGUAAACUAUAUAAGCAACUAGUCGAUUUUGUUGUGGUGUGAACGCUUUGACCUCAGCAAGGAUGCUUUUGAUUCGAAUUAUUUUUACCUUUGGCCACUCUUUGCUGACCACUUUACAUUCCAAUCCUGCAACCACAGAGUCUCCUACGACCAAGCCAAUCAAUCUGAUUGAAGCGAAUAGUACGGAAAGAAAUGUAUCACAAAUUCCGCCCAGAAUUCUAAGUCCCAUAGUUUUAAGAAAUAAUUCUCAAUAUGCAAGAAAUGCGUCAGCCCGGAAUCAUGAAUUUGCCCGGAGGCCAGAUGGGCUGCCACUAGAUGUUCCCUUAAUACACAACAUAACUGAAAGUGUAAACAACACUAUAGAUUCACCUGUGAUAAACCAAAAUGAUACUGACCAUGAGUUAAGCGGAAACUUCACUGGAUUCAUUUCAAAUUUUCCAAAUGGAAAUAAGAGCAUCAGUGUAACUAAUCACACUGAAAAUAUCACUUACUUUGGAGAUGAGCUUAGCUAUAAUCAUAGCUUUGUGCAGUCGGAGAGAAUAGGCAUAGAAGGGCAAGACUUGGGCUUUGAAGACACUGCAGGAAACCUCUCGGCUGCAGGCAUUACCGGAAUAACGCUAGGCUGCAUAAUCGUUGUUGGCAUCAUUUGCGGAAUUAGUUUUUUCGUUUACCAUAACCAAGGGUUCAACAGGCCUCAAGUACUUAAUGAUAGAUGCAGCAAUCCUGACUCCAGCGGAUAUAUCGAUGAUGCUUCAGUAAGAGAUAAUUCGGAAGAAAUGUACAGUUUAGAUAAUGACUCGUUCUUAAACAGCCUGGAAGCCAUGACAAUUCAAAAUUACUGGACGGAUACAGUAAAACAUACAAAACUGUAAAUAUAGAUCAUUUUUGUAUAUAAGUAUUUUAGAAUCUGUGAUGCAUAUCAAUUAUAGUUUCCGAUGUUAUGCGAAUACUCUUAUUGUUUUGUUUAGCAAUCUUUUGGCAUUUAUCGUUUUAAAUUAGAACAGCACACUAACCAAAGUUAUGGCUUAUGCUCAACAAUAAUCUGAAAUAACCAUAAUUUGGAUAUUUUAGUGAACAUUGUUUUUAGUUUUACUCUUUCACGAUGCCAAAGGAUUACGCCUUUUAAUGCAUAUUUACUUAUUAAUCUUUAAUCCAAAUUUCGGUUGCUAGACCUGGAAGUGUAGCAUUUUCCCGAAUUUGGAGCAUUAUGAAAUCUGAAAACACUCCAAAUUGUGCAACUUUUAUUUCCUCGUCGAGGGUUUAAUUCAUUUGGUAACAUUAUCAAUGUUCGAUUUCUGUACUGUAUUUAUAACUAUUGUGAUGUUUUUCUAUUUAAUUUUUACUUGUUACUUUUAUAUAUUUAUUGAACUAUUGUUUAUUAUUUUUUUAAAUGAGUACAAAAUCUGUUAUAUCUUAUGCUGGUGAUACCAUUUAUCAUUUGCCUUUAUUGUUGUGAGAUUGUUUUCCUCUUAUUUACUUUUCAUUCUAUUGAAGCAAUCAAAAGCAUUCUUGUAUAGUGUAAACUAGCUAUGACAUAGAAGUACACAAUGCGAUGAUCUUGUGCAAUAUACUAUACUAUUACUUUAGUGGUAAGGUAAAAAGUAUAUAUAUCACAGUUUAGCUCUAUUUAGACAUAGUUAUUUUUUGAGCUAAUUAAAGUUUCGGUGUAAAGACAAAUCUUGGUUGAAGUUACAUGUUGGAAAGGCCAGAAGAUAAAUAGAGUUUUUCAUCACGAA